AUGUGGACUUUCAUCAAUACCCUAGCCCCAGUCCCACAAUCUUCCCUUAUUGAUUCCAUCUUCAAUAACCCUUCUAUUCCUGAAGUCACUCUUGCCGAAUUGGGUGUCAAUGAGACCCUACUCAACGCUCAUGACUUCGGACUUGCGAAGCGCCAGACAACCCUCAAAGUAACCAUAUGUAACAUUCAAUUCAACGAUGGUUAUGGUGAGGGUCGCUUGAUUAUUUCAAAUCCCGUUCCAACUGAACCCGGAACGACAAAGCCGGCACAUCCUCUCGAUAUCCUCUUCAUCCCUACUCUGUAUUUACCUCCAAAUGACAACGAGUUUUGCUUCUACACGAACCGUUAUAUGCUCAAACUACCACUGAUAGACAGUGUAGUGGGCUACGCAUGUACAGGUGGUGUCGCACCACCUUUUGACACUACCUCAUAUUUCAACAUCACAAGCAAUAGGGUCAGAGCCUAUCUUGCCGAGCUUCCUGGUAAACCCGAAGCACUGUUGCCAAGAUUCAAGUUCUCGAAGGUCUGGUUCUACAAUGAUAUGUUUGGAGGCGGCAUCGAUAUUCAGUUCGACAAAGGUGGCAAGGUUUCGGGACUCGUUGGCAUGCUAGGUCAUCAGAGGCCGCCAUUUAACACAGGGCAAUUUAUGAUUGCAACGUUUAGCCGCACAUUCCGUAGUGUAUACAGCUCAAAGAUUACAAUUCCUCUGCAGUAG